UCAUUUGUAGUUACACUGCUGCGUUGAUUUUUCAGGAGCAAAUCAAGGAUCAAGUUGCGAACAUGUAUCUCUGGCCUAAGACCCUUGUAGUUCCAAUCCUUGACCCUGCGAAAGCGUUCAGAAGGCCUGUUGGAAUCGUCCAUGUGAAAGUUGUGAAGGCUGUUGGACUGAGGAAAAAAGAUCUGAUGGGUGGGGCAGAUCCAUACGUGAAAAUCAAGCUAUCUGAAGAUAAGAUUCCGUCUAAGAAGACCACUGUUAAGCACAAGAAUUUGAAUCCUGAAUGGAAUGAGGAGUUUAAAUUCUCUGUCAGAGAUCCCCAGACUCAGGUCCUAGAGUUCAAUGUGUACGACUGGGAACAGGUAACAA